UCUGCAAUAAAAUUUUCAGAAGUGAACUUAUUGAUUCAAAAAGUAUGAUUGGAUAUAUUAAUGUUUUUCUUUUAAAAUCAAUUUACAAGUAGUUUUCCGAAGUUCUUUUUUCCCCAGAAAAUUCACUGCAGACUGACUGGUUAUCUGCAAAAAAAAAAAAAAAAACCGGCUUCCAAUUUCAGUUUCUGCUCAACAACCGUGUAGAUGGCUUUGAAAUAAAAAGCCCUAAUUACAUAUCAGCUACGGCGGCGGCGGCAUACCAUGGAGGACCCAGAGGGGGUUUUAAGCUUCGACUUCGAGGGCGGCCUCGACUCGGGGCCCACGAACCCUAGCGCCUCCAUGGCAGCGAUCCCAUCUGACAAUCAGGGAUCCGCAAUGGCAGCUGCGCCCAACACCGCAACCACCGGCGCCAGCACCAGUAACACCACCACCAACAACAGCAGCGACUCUGGUGCGGCGGACAUGCAGGCGGGGCGACGGAGCUUCCGGCAGACUGUAUGUCGGCACUGGCUUCGAAGCCUUUGUAUGAAAGGCGACGCCUGCGGAUUCCUUCACCAAUACGACAAGUCUAGAAUGCCUGUAUGUCGGUUUUUUAGACUUUAUGGAGAGUGCAGGGAGCAGGAUUGCGUUUACAAGCACACCAAUGAAGAUAUCAAGGAGUGCAAUAUGUACAAGCUGGGGUUUUGUCCCAAUGGUCCAGACUGCAGGUAUAGGCAUGCAAAGUUGCCUGGACCUCCACCUCCGGUUGUAGAAGCUGUUCAAAAGACUCAGCAAUUGAAUUCUUACAAUUAUGGAAACUCUAACAAAUUUUUUCAACAACGGACUGCUGGUGUUCCCCAACAGAUAGAAAAGUCUCCCAUUACCAUCAUAAAACCUUCAGGAAUGGAAUCUGCUAAUUUGCAGCAGCAGCAGCAGCCACAGACACAGACACAGGCACAGGCACCAAAUCUUCCAAAUGGCCAGCAACAGCCUAAUCCAUUGAACAGAAUUGCAACGACCUUACCUCAAGGAAUAUCUAGGUACUUCAUUGUUAAGAGCUGCAACCUUGAAAAUUUGGAGUUAUCUGUGCAGCAAGGAGUAUGGGCAACACAAAGGAGCAAUGAACCUAAACUGAAUGAAGCUUUUGACUCUGCUGAAAAUGUAAUCUUGAUUUUCUCAGUAAACCGGACUCGGCAUUUCCAGGGUUGUGCAAAGAUGACAUCCAAAAUUGGUGCUUCUGUUGGUGGAGGGAAUUGGAAAUAUGCACACGGAACUGCACAUUAUGGGAGGAAUUUCUCAGUCAAAUGGUUGAAGUUGUGUGAACUGUCCUUCCACAAAACUCGUCACUUGAGAAACCCGUUCAAUGAGAACUUACCAGUGAAGAUUAGUAGAGAUUGUCAGGAGCUAGAACCCUCUAUUGGUGAGCAAUUGGCGUCCUUACUUUAUCUGGAGCCAGAUAGCGACCUCAUGGCAAUCUCAGUUGCAGCUGAAGCAAAACGAGAAGAGGAAAAAGAAAAAGGAGUCAAUCCUGACAGUGGUGGUGAAAACCCUGACAUUGUCCCAUUUGAGGACAAUGAAGAAGAGGAGGAGGAAGAAAGUGAAGAGGAGGUGGAAGCCUUCGGGCAUCCUCUUGGAGCAGCAGCUCAAGGCAGAGGGAGAGGUAGAGGAAUCAUGUGGCCUCCUCACAUUCCAAUUGCCCGUGGGGCAAGACCCAUCCCCGGCAUGAGAGCUUUCCCCCCCAUGAUGAUGGGUGCUGAUGGUUUUUCAUACGGAGCUGUACCUGAUAGCUUCGGAAUGCCAGAUCUCUUUGGUGUGGCUCCCCGUGGAUUCGCCCCAUAUGGUCCGAGGUUUUCUGGUGAUUUUACUGGUGCUACAUCUGGCAUGAUGUUUCCUGGGCGGCCUUCCCAGCCAGGAGCUAUGUUUCCAGCUGGUGGAUUUGGGAUGAUGAUGGGUUCAGGACGUGCUCCGUUUAUGGGGGGAAUGGGUCCCACUGCAUCAAAUCCUCUUCGAGGCCCUCGGCCCGGUGGCAUGUUUGCACCACUUCUCGCAUCAUCCUCCCAGAACAAUAACCGGUCUUUUAAGAGAGAUCAGAGAGCAGCACCCAGUGAUCGAAUUGACAGACAUAGUAUAGAAUCAGAUCUGGUUAGGGGUGCAGCUGGGGAAUCAAAUGAUGAGACAAGAUACCCGCAGGAAACAUACAAGGCUUCCCAUGAAGAUCAAUUUGGUGCUGUAAAUAGCAAUAGAAACGAUGAGAGUGAAAGUGAGGAUGAGGCACCUAGACGGUCAAGGCACGGGGAGGGGAAGAAGAAGCGGCGAGGAUCAGAAGGAGAUGCUAAUCCUGGCUCGGAUCACAAACAGUAAGAUGCACCUCCUAGAUUCGUAGUGGAGCAUAAUUAAUCAGAAAGGCCAGCCGUAGCACAUGCUUUUCUCCCUCUUUUAUCAGCUCCCUUUGAAUGUGAUAUAACUGCGGACUUGUCGUUUUUGAACACUCUUUUUGGGGCAGAAAAAUGUACGCCCCCCCAAAAUUUCUAGGUUAACAUGUAAAAUAUAUAGUAGUGUACCAAAUGAAUGGGUAUAUAAUGAGAUUAAUGGAAUGCUGAUCUGAUAUAUAGCAAUGUAUCUGGAGGUUAAACAUUA